GAGCCCGCAAAUGCUCUUCGACUCUGAAACAGAAAGCAGUGCUGUCGCUAAAGAAAAGGUUCCCCGCGGUCACACACACGCUCUCGGGCAAUUGAAAUUUCAAUCCGCCAACGAACGGUUCGUGCGCGCUUGUUUCGUGCGAGUUUCUUGUACCUUUGUACGUUCGUACCGUACCUCCGCAACAACAACAACAACAACAGACCUGGCCAAAAUCUGCGGGCCGCUUUUUCGCACCAAACCUUUUUGAAUUGACGAAGUGGAGUUCUUCGGAGAGAACGGUACUUGCAAAUACCGAAAAUAACAAAAACAACAACACGGCAGCAACAGCAUCACACAUACAUACACACGCGGGAAUUUUUUUCGGGCCUCUCUUAGCGCGCGCGUGUGUGUGUGUGUUGCAGUUGCAUAGUUUUUUUUUUGUUUUGUACUGGAAUUUUGUCUCCACCUCUCUCUCUGUCUCUCGCGCGCAACGUUUUCCGAAGAAUUAUUUUUAAGCGUGUGUGGUUUUAUCACUAAACUACAAUUUUUUUUGGUUCUGUGCAGUUGAGAUUUGAAUUUUGCCCCCCUCAUCCCAAAGAAAUCGGAAGUUUCAAAGAAAUCAAACGAAGGAUUAAUCAAAUAAAGCCAAAAAUCGAAAGAAGAUUCGAUCUUCACACACUCACUCACACACACACCCAGCACACACACACAAAAAAUGUUCACCGAAAAGGGAAUUUUUCCCAUUGGCGACGGACUUUUGGACGUGGACGCCGAUCGGCUGAAGGGACUCCUCGUGUCGUGUCACGACAUCAACGAUAUGUACGAGGUGGAACAGACGCCGUUUGCCAGGGGCAAAUUCGCCGCCGUUCGCCGCGCCAUCCACAAGAACACCGGCUCGCACUUCGCGGCGAAGUUCCUGAAGAGGAGGCGCCGGGCGCAGAGCAGCGACAAGGAGAUCAAGCACGAGAUCGCGGUGCUGAUGCUCUGCGAGGGCGAGGACAACAUCGUCAACCUCAACGCCGUCCACGAGACGCGCUCGGACACAGCACUCCUGCUGGAGCUGGCCACUGGUGGCGAGCUGCAGACGAUCCUGGACAACGAGGAGUGCCUGACGGAGGCGCAGGGCCGCCACUGCAUGAGGGAGGUGCUCAAGGCGCUGAAGUUCCUGCACGACCGCUCCAUUGCCCACUUGGACCUCAAGCCGCAGAACAUCCUGCUCGCCGGCGAGCGCAUAGAAGAUGGAUUGAAACUGUGCGACUUUGGGAUCUCGCGGGUGGUGAGCGAGGGCAUCAAUGUAAGGGAGAUGGCUGGAACACCCGACUACGUGGCCCCCGAGGUGCUGCAGUACGAGCCGCUGUCCCUGCUGACGGACAUCUGGUCGGUGGGCGUGCUCACCUACGUGCUGCUCUCCGGAUUCUCGCCCUUUGGAGGCGACACCAAGCAGGAGACCUUCCUCAACAUCUCGCAGUGCGCCCUCACCUUCCCGGACAACCUCUUCGGCGGCGUCUCGCCGGUGGCCAUCGACUUCAUCCGUCGCGCAUUGCGAAUUAAGCCAAACGAUCGCAUGAGUGCCGCCGGCUGCUUGGAGCACAUUUGGCUGAAGGACGACUGUUCCCUGGACAGACAGAUCUAUCUGCAGCCCCAGAGCGAUGCCGAAGAGGAAGAGGAGGAGGAGGAGGACGACGACGAGGAGGUGGAGGACGAAGAGGAGCCCGUCGACGAGGAGGAGGACGAGGGACAGACCGUCGAGGAGCCAGCGACAGAGCCAACCCAACAGCAGCAGCAACCUGCCCAGCAGCAUCAGCAGCAGCCACACCAGCUAGCCAAAUCCGGCAGCCUCAGCAAACCGACGCACAAUGGCCACCAUCGGGCGAACAGCAGCGGCAGCAUCUCCAAGAUCCCCAUUGCCACCAGCAAGCUCCUGAGCAGUCCCAGCUCCGAGACCACCACGGCCAUCCACACGCUAACCAGCAAUGGUAACACCAAUGGCAAUGGUCACAUCCACAAACCCACCCAGAUUGUGACGCCGACGCGACGAGCCUCGGAUUCCGAUAAGGAGAACACGUAUACGGCCACGUUUGUGAAGAAGCCAGUGGCCACCAUCCAGCUGGGCAGCUCCAAUGGCAUCGAGGAUGCCACAGUGGUGGCCACACUCACCCUCUUCCCCGACGCACCCACCACGCCCAAGGUGAUCCGCAAGACGCCGACGGGAGAGUCGAAUGGCUCGGCCACGUCCGUCAAGGCGCUGGUCAAGAAAUUCCAGCUGGAGGACUCGAGCGGCCCGGCAAUGGCCCGGCGCAGUGGUGGAUCGGUGACCAGCGGCAGUGGACUGCAUUCGCCAACGACGACGGCGGCGUCGGUACGGAUGAACAGCAUUCGACGGGCCUCGGAGCCGCUGACCACGGUGUACAAGAAGCAGCAGACGCCGCAGAAUGGAUGCAGCAGCAGCAUUUCGAGCCCGAGUCCGAGUCCCGGCAGCAGUCCCACCACCACCACAUCCGGCAGCACCGCCACCCUGCUGAUCCACAGUCAGCGAUUGGCCAGCAGCACAGCGCCGGCCAGCCACAGUGCCGCUCCAGCAACAGCCACAGCCACAGCCACCUCCUCCGCCAGCAGCAGCAACAGCAGCAGCAGCAGCAGCUCAGGGAAGACAGCGAGUGCCGCCCACCAUCUGCACCACCAUCACAUGCACCACCAUCACCAUCAUCAUCACCAUCAUGUGGUGAUUGCGGCAAAGAAUGCCGCCGCCGUGGCCGCCACCAACAACUUGAGCCUGGAUCAGGGUAUCAUCUGUUAGCUAAGGGCCAGCCGGGCCAGCCGCAAUGCCAAAAGUUUCUUUCAUCGCUUCCUGUGCUGCAUGUAACCACCAGCUGCCAUGGCUGCCACGACGAC